AUGAAUGACAUGGGUAUACUACUCAAAAGUUUGCGUAGUGUUGUUACUGAUGGAGCGCCAGCAAUGUUGUCGGAAGCACAAGGUUUUACUGGGCGAAUGAAAAUAAAAGUACGCGACGCUGGGCUACCUCCGAUAUCAUCGGUACACUGCAUAUUACAUCAGGACCAACUAUGUGCAAAAACCUUCCGUAAUUUCAAAUCUGUUAUGGAUGUAGUAAUAACAUGUGUCAAUUUCUGCAGAAAGCAAGGUCUCAACCACGGCAGUUUGAAGUAUUUUUCAAAGACCUGGAAGCAAAGUUACGAUCUAGAACCGCUCUUAGCCCUGGAGCCGCUACGAGAUCUAGAACCGCUUUUUGCUCUAGAACCGCUCCGAGAUCUUGAUCCGCUUUUAGCCCUAGACCCGCUGCGAGACCUUGACCCGCUUUUAGCUCUAGAGCCACUUCGAGAUCUAGAUCCACUUUUAGCCCUAGAUCCGCUUCGGGAUCUAGAUCCGUGUUUACCUCUGGAGCCGCUUCUAGAUCUAGAUCCGCUUUUGGAACGGCUCUUGGAUUUAGACCUAGAACGGCUUCUAGACUUUGAUCUGGAUCUGCUUUUGGAACGACUGACAGUGAGUCUGAAAAAAUGGAUACAUCACCUAGAUUAUUGUCAUCUGCGAAGGAAAGAGCUUGCAAAAUCGCAACAGCUUCAGCAGAGAAUAUUGAGAUUUCAGGUUCCAGUUUGUACUUGCGAGAAAGAUCCAAGGAAGCUUUCCGAGAGUGAGGUGGGUAGAUCUAGUAAAAUCCCCAAAUUACGAUAA